CGGAGCAGCGUUAUCCACAAACGCACAGGGAAGCGUUAGCCGUGGUGUGGGGUGUUGAACGCUUCGCAUUUUAUCUGACUGGCACCACUUUCGUAGUCCGCACCGAUUCCGAGGCCAAUGAAUUCAUCUUCGGGGGAAAGCAUCGUAUUGGCCGUAGAGCCGUGUCCAGAGCAGAAACAUGGGCACUCCGGCUUCUGCCAUUUCAUUUUACUAUCCUGCGUGUCCCGGGAGAGGACAACUUCGCUGACGCAUUGUCGCGACUGAUACACGCAACUCAAAAGGACAUGCCGUUCGAAGAUGAUAGUGAGGACAAUCAUGCUCUGUUCGCGCUUGAUACAGGAAAUAUGAACAUUACGCUGAGUGAAAUCGAGAGAUAUGCAGAGGAAGAUGUGGAAUUGGUUGAGCUACGGAAUGCGUUGGAGUUCGAUUACUGGCCACCGGAGUUGCGCAAGUACGAAGCUCAGAAGAAGUCACUUCACUACAUCGGGACACUCAUUUGCAAGGAUGGGAAAAUUGUACUACCUGCUCAGCUAAGGCGAAAAGCGCUGACAUCGGCUCACGGAGGACACGUGGGAGAAGUCGCAAUGAAGAGGAUUAUGCGAGAGUUCUUUUGGUGGCCAAAAAUGGCGGUCGAAACAGAAAUCUUCGUCAAAGGUUGUCAGACAUGUUGUAUGCUGUCACGGAAGAACCCUCCUCUGCCAAUUUCGUCCCGGGAUUUACCGGAAGCUCCGUGGGAUACCAUACAAAUCGAUUUUUUAUCGAUACCCGGAUUUGGAGCUGGAGAGUUUCUCAUAGUCGUAGACACGUAUUCUCGUUAUCUACUGGUUAAGGAGAUGAAACGGUUGACUGCAGAAGCAACGAACGAGGCACUUUGCGAGAUCUUCAAAAGCUGGGGAUGCCCUCGUGUGUUGCAAAGCGACAAUGGGCCCCCUUUUGGGAGUUCAGCUUUCUGCUCGUUUUGGGAGACCCGAGGGGUGUCGGUCAGGAAGUCGAUACCAUUUAGUCCCCAAUCGAAUGGUAUGGUGGAACGCCACAAUCAGCCCAUCAUCAAAGCCGUGAGUGCAUCGAAGAUUGAAGGAAUCAACUGGAGAACUAGUCUGGAAACCUACGUUCACAACCACAAUACGUUGGUGCCCCAUGCUAGACUCAACGUCACACCAUUUGAGCUGCUAGUUGGGUGGAAGUACAGAGGAACCUUCCCCAGUUUGUGGAACGAGAGGCAUCGGGAAGUACUGGACCGGGAAGAUAUACGAGAGAAGGAUGCGGAAACCAAGCUAAGCAGCAAAAAUCAUGCUGAUAUCGUACGAGGAGCAAGGAACUCUAACAUCAAGAUUGGGGAUACGGUGUUGUUAAGCCAGAUAAAACGAUCGAAGACAGACCCUCAAUUCUCAGCAGAAAGAUAUACAGUUGUAGCCAGGGAUGGUGCGAAGGUAGUAGUUGUGAGCGCAACCGGGGUUCAAUAUGUACGCAAUGUUGGGGAUAUCAGGCUGGCGCCAUCACCAUGGGAAGCUGGAACGGGAGAAGGGAUGGAGGAUACACAGUCAGUGCAAGAGGAAGAGCAAGAAGCGACGUCACUGCGACGUCGGGGUGGUUUGAAAAGACCAUCUCGUUUCGAUGAUAACUUUAUUUAUAACAUAUAUCAGUAAGACAUUUUGCUGUUGAAUUUAUUGCACUACGUAAUCAUAAGGACGAACCGAUAAACACCAAGGACAUAAAUUACUCGUAUUUUUUUUUCUUUCGUCGUCAAAGUGGAGGAGGGGGAUAUUGUAGAGAAUAGAGCUGAAAUAUAAUAAAUAAAAACGUAAAUAAUUAUCCAUAGGUUAUUCCCCGAAUACUUUCUAAAUAAUUCGCCUGAAAUAAAAUAAUUGUUAGCAAUAAUAAAUCAUUAAACUCAACAUUGCGAAAACAAAAUUAAUAAAUAAAUAAUAAUGCAUACAAUUUGAUAACAGUGUAGCACAUGAUCUGUAUUAGAAACUUAAAAUUUGAUUGGAAAGAGUUAUCCGUGUAAAUUGAGUGCUGUCAAGCAAACUUCUGGGAGGUUGGUACCACUGGAAAAGAGAGGCGAGAGAGAGAACGAGAAGGAAAAGUGGCGUGCUGUGAGAGUGUCAAGCUCAUUCGUGUGGAUUUCG